UCCGCCCGCGCCGCUCGGCGGGGACAAAGCGCGGCGCCGAGCGGGGGCCAUGUCGUCCGCAGGCGGCCGCCAGCCCAGCCAGAGCCGGGCCAUCCCCACCCGCACCGUCACCCUCAGCGACGCCGCGCAGCUCCCCGCCGACUACUGCACCACCCCCGGCGGGACGCUCUUCUCCACCACGCCGGGAGGCACCCGGAUCAUCUACGACCGCAAGUUCCUGCUGGACCGCCGCAACUCCCCCAUGGCCAAGACCCCGCCUUGUCACCUCCCCAAUAUUCCCGGCGUCACCAGCCCCGGAGAGCCCGGCGAGGAGCCCAAAGCGGACGCCAACAGCUUGAACCACCAGGAGAACAAGCCAUCCAUGGGGGACGAUGCUCAGUUCGAGAUGGAUAUCUGAGUGGGAACCACGGAGAGGCAGCGACUCCCCAGCCCUGUGCCCCCCCCACUCGGCUCAGCAGGAUCCGUCCCGGCGAGGCGGAGGUGGCAGAGGUCCCCACCAGCGUCCCCUCCCCGCCCUCCUCCUCCCCCUCCUUUUUUGGGGGGAGUGCAGCUCUGUCUUCUCCCCCUUUGCCGGUGACCGGUCCCAGCAUGUGCCAGACGGAGCAUCCCUUCUGGAUCUGGCCCUGUUCCUCCUCUUCCACCUGCCAGCAGCCUGACCUCCACCAGGCUUCUUUUUAAAACACCCCUUUGCCUCCUCUGCUGCCUCGUGCCCCCCUCAAAAUUCCCCUCUUUUGUUACCCAAACCUCCCAUUGCCAGCAGCUUCGUGUUCUGGAGCUGUGUCGUCCCCUUUGCCCCCUUCUCCUGGAAAAUUUGGGCAGGAGGAGGGGAAAACAUCACUGCUAAAAUCAUGCACCUGCUUGCACCCUGGGGAGGGUAUUUUUCGAUUUUCCCUGGGAUGUGUUGGCGUUCAGCACAGGACAACACUGGGAGCCUGUUCCCUUCGGUGCUCCAGGGGUCUGAUGUGGAAUCAGCCAGCGUGUCCACAUCUCUCCAACCCGGAUUUCUUCCAUCUUGGCCCUCCAGCCAGGGGCUGUGUCCCCCACCCACCAGCCAGGACUCACAGCAAUGUAGCCAUAUAUUAUAAAAUCCCCUUGCUUUUAUUUUUGGUACUAAAAAGGGGCACUUUACCCCCAACGACUUUUUCUGGGCUGGGGCCGAGCGCCUCUGGGAAAGUGCUUUGUAGCGCUCGGGGUUUGUUUUUUUUUUUUUUUAACCUUCCCAGCCCUUUAAAAUGUGAAUCCUACAGGGGGGAGAUCCCUCUGGCACCGUUGGAUGUCUCAGGAACCACUGGGUGUCCCUGGGGGCUGUGGGGGGCUCGCCAGACACCGCAGGGGAUGGGGUGCUGCCAUCGAUGCCAUCCUCUGCUCAGUUUCCAGGAUGGGAUUUCUCCCAGCCAGAUCUCGCUGUCGUGGAUAAAGCAUUUCCACGUUAACCUCCCCCUUUGCCAGCCUGGCAUGGCGUGCCCAUCUUGAACCUCCCCUGGAGAUGGGAUUUAUUUUUCCCCCUCUCUCCGUGCAGCUCUUGCCCUGACGAGCAGCGCAGGGCAAGGCUGCAGCGGAGUCAGGCUGCGCCCCCCAGUCCCACCAGCCCUCCCAGCUGGGAUUUCUUUACUGCCUGUUGGGAGCCAUCACCAGCUCCACAACCUUCUCAAGUGCCAUUUUACCAGCCCCCCCACCUGAGUGCCUGCUCCACCCACUGGGGAGGGGGACAUCCCACAGGCUUUGUGCACUUUCCAUCCCGUAAUUUAUUUCUCUUAGGUGUGUGUUUGGCACGGGGCGGCGCUGGUGGCGAGCUCCCAUCUUCCAGCUGCUUUUCUCACGGCGGGGGGGGGGCUGCCCCCUCGUUUUUGGGGGGUGGGGGGGAGGAAGAAGCAAAAGCACAACCCCAGGGAGUGGGGUUGUCUUUCCCAUCCUUUCCCUGGCGUGGGAGGUGAGGUGAACGCGGCAGCCGCAGGCGCACGAGUGAGUGAGUGCGAGUGGCAAUAUGUAUAUGGGUGGGUGGUGAUAAGACACACACAAAUAUAUAUAUUAUAUAUAGAUAAAUAUAUUUUCCUUGAAGCUAAGAUCCUAGGAGGUCGGUUAGGCCCUCGGAUCGAGGGAGGGGCAGGGGCAGGGGGCGAGGACAUCCUUGGCGUGGAUGCGGGGACCUGGCGCCCUCAGCACAGCUGCUCGUUUGGGAAACCUGCUCUGCUAGCCAAAAACAAUCACACCAUACCCAAGGACAACGUGAGCUAAUGGACAGGAGCCGGAGGGAAAACCUUUUUUUUUUCCUGUUGUUGUUGAUUUUUUUUUUUUUCCCCUCAAAAUGCC